CACUCGGACCCGGGGGCGCGGAGCUGGCGGAGGGCGGCGCGGCGCCUCGGGGGCGCGCACGCGCCUGAGCGCGCUCGGUGGGGCGGGCGGGACUCGCCGCUCUCACGCCCUUGGGCCGCUCCCGGGCGCUGGCUUUAUAUUCCGCUUCCGACGCGUGCUUCGUCGGUGGAGCGGAGCCGAGCCGGUGAAUGUGCGGCAAUAACAUGUCUGCCUCGGCUCCCGCCGCCCGGAAGGCCACCGCUGCGGUGAUUUUCCUUCAUGGAUUGGGAGAUACGGGGCAUGGAUGGGAAGAAGCCUUUGCACGUAUCAGAAGAUCACAUAUCAAAUAUAUCUGCCCGCAUGCACCAGUAAUGCCUGUGACAUUAAAUAUGAACAUGGCCAUGACUUCUUGGUUUGAUAUUAUUGGGCUUUCACCAGAUUCACAGGAGGAUGAACCUGGAAUUAAACAUGCAGCAGAAUAUGUAAAAACUUUGAUAGACCAAGAGGUGAAGAAUGGCAUUCCUUCAGACAGAAUUAUUUUGGGAGGAUUUUCUCAGGGAGGAGCUUUAUCUUUAUACACUGCUCUGACCACACAGCAGAAACUGGCAGGUGUCACUGCGCUCAGUUGCUGGCUUCCACUUCGGUCUUCAUUUCCACAGGGUCCUAUCAGUGGUGUUAAUAGAGAUAUUUCUAUUCUUCAGUGCCAUGGCGAUUCUGAUCCUUUAGUUCCUCUAAUGUUUGGUUCUCUUACUGCUGAAAAGCUAAAAACAUUGGUAAAUCCAGCCAAUGUAACCUUCAAAGUCUAUGAAGGCAUGAUGCAUAGUUCAUGUCCACAGGAAAUGGUGGAUAUCAGGCAAUUCAUCGAUAAAAUCCUACCUCCAGUUGAUUGACAUCACUAAGGCGCCUUUGUGUAGAAGUACACACCAGCAUCGUUGUAGUCGAGUAUAAACCUCUUCCUGUGCCGGAUCUUGAAAGUUAUAAUGUUUGCAAUGUUAAAAUCUUUUGCAAUUACACACCAAUGACACAGUCUAAAUAAUAUCUCCUUGUGGAAAAUUUAUGAUCUUGAAGGUUUCAAUACAUGAAUUUGUGUUAACAUGAUCCAGAAUAUACUAGCAUUAGCAUAGGUGAAGCAGCUAGCUUCUUUCCCCCCAAAUGUAAUUCGGCAAAAUAAUAAAAUACUACAUCCAGAUUUUUCUAUUACAUCAUUUGAAAAUUAUUAGUCUGCUUAAUGAAAAUUUGUUCGGGGAUAAAUGAGCAGUUAAGAUAUAAACUAUUUAUGAAUGCUGUGACUUAGUCUGUGGACUUAUUCCAAAAUUACUUAGUCACCAUGCAGUAUGUGUAUUUUUUAUAUUUGUAUUCAGAUAUACUUAAUGAUUAUAAUACAUAAAAAGAAUGAGGUAUAACUACAUUAUUCCUAAUAAUAGGGAUAUUGCUUCAAAGUGUCAAUAAAGAGUAACAUUGCUCUCUUCAAUGAAUGGCCCUUUUAUUUUGGGGACCAGGCUUUUCUUUCCCUAUUACAAUUUCUUUAAAAUUGUAUUUAUUUAUUGAAUUUAGAGAGAGAGGGGUAGGGAGAAAGAGAGAGAGAGAGAAACAUUGAUUUGUUGUUCCAUUUAUUUAUACAUUCAUUGGUUGAUUCUUGUAUGUGCCCUGAUGGGAUCGAAACCACAACCUUGGCAUAUCGGGACGACGCUCUCACCAACUGAGUUACCCAGGCAGAGCACAAUUUCUUAAUAUUCUAUUUUCCUCUCUAGAAAAGAAAUGUAUUCUUUCCUUUUAUCCUUCAUAACAGACCAAAUAUUGCCUCCUUGCCAUAGACAUCUGCUGUCAGUAUAUGCUGUAAUUUGACAUUCUGAAUCACAAACAUGAUGGUAUUUAAAAUGUAUUCACACUUAUAUAAAGAAACCAAACAUCACUUCAGACUUCCUACAUUACUUAUUUUUCAAACUGUACCUAGUCCAAAGUUAGACCUAUAUAGUUAAGAGAAUCUUCAGUCUAGGUAAGGAAUAAUUCUGUGGUUGUAUUUUUCUGUAAUUAACUCAAAUAAUUAUUAGGUCAUAGUGCAGUAUGUUCUGGAAGAUUUAAGACCGAUCUUAAAAACUGUACUUCUAAGAUGAUUUGCUCUAAGAUGAUUCUCCUUGUAGCAGAGAAUUUUAGUUUGCAUAUUUUGUACAUAUGUUUGAAGUCAGCUACUGUAGGAAAUGAACAGUCCAUUAGAAAAAUUUGCUUUACUUUCAUCUGCCAAUGAAUUUAUUUGAAAUUUUCACUUUAAUCAGAUGAUUUUUAAAAAACCUUUGUGCAAAUAUAAAAGUAGCAAUUACUUGAUUUUAAAUAGUUGGAAUUUUUAGAUUAUCGGUAAAAACUAUUUGAAAACAAAUUUAUCGGCAAUGAAGGUUAGUCAGAACUCAACGCAUAUGGUUACCACACAGUUUAAUGUGUAACAAAAAUGUACGCGUCGUAUUUCUGAACUGUUGUAAUUUUUCUUCUGUAUUUCAACUGACUACAACAAUGUUAGGAAUGCACCUUUAUUAUAAUUUAGUAAUGGACUAUGUAGAAUGUUAAUAAUGAAGCCAUACGUUUAUGUCUGGAUUUAGAAUUUUUAAACAAUCAUUUAAUAAGUCAUUUUGAUUUACCUGGAAAAAUAUAAAUUUGUUUCAGUUAUACAGAUCAGCAAGAUAUGAUUUAUAGUAAGAGAUAUUCCAUUGAAAUGUGCUGUAAUGUGGGAAAAAUGUAAAUUUUUCCACUGUUUCUAUUAAUGUGAAAUAAAAUGUAAUUCUCACUU